UCCUCUCUGCAGUGUGUUUGCUCAUUAAUGCUGCACCGAUUCCUGGUUCUGCUACAGCUAAAGUUUGGGUCUUGUUCUUUGGUCUGUGAUGUUCUGGAGAUGUUUCGCUUAUUGAUUUUCUGUGUGUUUGGAGCUAUCUUCAGGUGGGUCUCUGCUUCUACAGAAGUCUGCACCAACAGCCUCCUACCAGGAGCUAAAGGAGACCAAGGUGAGAUUGGAGAGGAGGGAGAUCUGGGGAAACUGGGGAAGUAUGGACCGUCAGGACUUCCAGGAGUUCCAGGAGAUGCAGGACUUAAAGGAGAAGUUGGCCACAUAGGAAAGAUGGGGCCUUCAGGAGACGAAGGUGAUAAAGGUGAUAAAGGUGUGGACGGACCCUCAGGUUUAAAAGGGAAACCAGGUACAACAUGUGACUGCGGCAGGUACAGGAAGGUGGUUGGACAGCUGGAUGUUAAUGUGGGGAAGCUGAGGGACGCUGUGAAGUUUGUCAAAAACGUGGUGUUGGGCUUGAGGGAGACAGAAGAGAGAUAUUAUCUACUGGUGAAGGAACCCAAGAGGUUCAGAGACGCUUCAAUGAACUGCAAGCUUAGAGGAGGAACACUGGCCAUGCCGAAAACCAGCAACACCAACCGCCUCAUGGCAGAAUAUGUGCUUCAGGCAGGGCUGACGGGAGUUUACAUCGGAGUUCAGGCUCAGAGCACGGUUGGACCAGGAAGUUAUGUUUAUGCAGACUCCAGCCCUCUGCAGGGGUUCGUAGCUUGGAGUAAAGAUGACGAGCUUCACUCCAGACCAUCUCCAGCCACCAACUCCAGCUGUGUGGAGCUGCUCAGCACUGGAACGUGGGGUCAUGUGGAGUGUGAAGCCUCCAUGUUCUUCGUCUGCGAGUUCCCAAAGAGCAGAAGAAGAGGAGGAGGAGGAGGAAGAGGGACGCCUGCCUCGGCCUCGUCCUGAAUGCAUGGCCAUACAGUACAAAGCAUACUGUAAUUAUUGGGAUGUGUGUGCUGGUUGUAUUUGCAGUAUGUAUGGCACUGAUGAUGAAUCUGAAAAAUUAAAAGUAACUGAAACUUCCAAAACAAAUUGUGCAAGAAAUCAUCAGUAAAAUAAAACUGACUUUAUCAGAUUAGCAGCUCUUUGUGUCCUCAGAGUUGACCAAUAUUCAUCUCACUGUUAAAGGAAAUUAGGUUUUAUCAGCACAAAUUCUGAUAGAAUUACUUCUACCACUGCCUUUAAACAAUGGAGGUCAAUGGGAUAGCAUUUGUAGCGCUCAUAGCAUUAAAAAAAAUACCCGAAAAACUCUGAAGUAGUCGGUGUUUCUAAUUUUUCAUAGGAAAUAGCAGUUCAAUAUCACCUCUGGCUCGUGAAUGGGCAUGAAAAACACUUUUAUUAAGUGAUUAUAAGGAGAAUUGGUGAUUUGGGGCUUCACUGUGAUACAUCUUUCAGUCGAUAAUGUCUUUUAGCUUAAACAUUUUACUGUGACUGCAGCAGCUACCAUUACAGAUAUUACAGACCAUUACUUGUUUGACCUGCAGUUCUAGUGUCUUUGUGCUCGUUAGGUUAAAUUGUCCUUUUACCUCCAUCUAAAGAUAUCUACUUGGGACAUUUACUCCAAACAAGAGUUCCACAUCCAUGACGUCUUUUUCCUUUUUGUUUUAUGUAUCUCAAUAAAGUUAUUUCUAUCCAAAUCA